CUUGAGUUCCUCUCACCUGUUCUCACUGGUCAACAGGCUUCGCCUACACUCCUACCAACACCAUGCCCAACGGAUGCUGCGGUGGUGGCAGUAACUGCACCGUCUGCUGCUACAGCAGCAAGUCCUGCAAGACGCCGUGCUGCAAGACGCAGAGCUGUUGCCCCUCGCAGUGCUGCUACCCCUCGCAGUGCUGCUGCCCAUCACAGUGCUGCUGCCCAUCACAGUGCUGUGCCAUGCCCUGCUGCAUGCCCAUGACCUGCUGCUACACCACGAGCAACAGUAACAACAGUGGAUGCUGCGGCUGUGGCAACUAAAGCCCUGGGCACGGGGAAGGGCAGCUCUCAGCUCCCCUGCUGCUGCGCCUCUGCU